AUGGUGGCCACUGGCAUGAUCAAGGACGCCAAGGCACCUCUCAACGCGACUGGUCCAAGUGUGUGUCGCGGUUGCCAGCAAGGAAAGAUGGUCCAAAAACCAUUCCCAACCAACCGUGACAAACGCCAAUAUGGUGUGUUCGAGUUGCUGCACUUCGACAUCUGCGGGCCAAUGGAACAAGUCUCGAUCGGCGGCAGCAGAUACUUACUGCUUGUGGUUGACGAAGCCAGCGGCUGCAUGAAGGGCUUGUCUGCGGUCCAAUUCGGCACGAAGAUCAAGUUUGUUCGGCACGAUGGAGCGCAUGAGUUUGCGGCCAACUCCAUCAAGACCUUCUACGAAGAUCAUGGUAUCGAACAACAGAUCACGGUGCCGUAUGCACACCAGACCAACGGCACCGCAGAACGCGCGAUAAGGACCAUCGUCACGAUCGGACGCAGCUUGUUGCAUCAUGCAAAACUGGAGAAGUGUUUCUGGGCUGAAGCGGCAAUGACGGCGAUCUACAUCAAGAACCGCCUGCCUUCACCCAAGAUCGACCACAAGACUCCGUUCGAAAUCGUGUACAAGUCGAAACCAAGUGUCAAGCACAUGCGCGUGUUUGGAUGUCAGGCGUUUAUCUUGACACCAAGGGAGAAGCGAUUGAAGUGGGACCCGAAGGCUCGUGAAGGGAUGUUCAUGGGCUACGAAGAAGAGUCAAAAGCUUAUCGAGUGUACGACAUUGAGGCGGGCCAAGUGGUGAUCAGUCGUGACAUCACCUUCGACGAAUCGACUUUUGACUUUUCGGUGGACCGACCAAGUGACGAUGAUGAAGAUGCGGAGUUGGACCUCGACCUCCUGGCGAUCAACGAGGAUGACGUGCGUCAAACCGUCUACAAGAAAACUGGCAAGCGCAAGAGUGAAGCAAGACCCGGCAUGUCACGUUCAGCUCGCCCUCGAACUGGGUUGGAACAAGCAAGUGCGCCAGAACACGUCUCCAACCGUCACCAGAAACGAUGA